AUGACAAAAUACGAUAAGCAAGGUGUUCCUAACCUAAGUUUUCAUAAUCCGAUGGGAAUAACACUUUACCCGAAGGGUUUGUACACUUACGCAAUGGGAAACACUCCAGCCCGAGAUAUCACUGAACUGUUGGGCACAUCGAAAGAAAAACAUGUAGACGUGUUGCUUUUAGCAUGCGGUGAUGUUAGGAAUUUUCUGUGCAGUUUGUCUGAACUAUCCCUGAAAAAACCGUACGAGCGUCCGAAGAGUCUAAGUUUCCAUUUGAAUGAUUAUGAUCCGUCAGUGAUUGCUCGCAAUGCUGUCCUUCUAGAAGUUGCUAGUGUGAUAAAUCCUGAUGUCCCUGCUGAUGUAGACUUCUUGUGGAACAUUUGGUAUAACCUAGCGCUGUCAGUGGCCGACUUUGAUCGACUGCGAAAAGUACUCACUGAACUGUUGGAGAGGAACUUUGACAGCGACGAAAGUAAUUUUAAGUUUCAAGAUGGCGGCGUUCUGCAGGAAUGUCGGGAUAUAUGGAAAGACUGGAGACAUCUCGACCUCGAAGUGAAAAGCGUUAAAGAGGAAAGAAACAACCUCAUAGAGGACAUGAAAAUAGUUAUGGGGUUCUGUGAGGAUUCUCAGUGCGAGUCUACACUAACUCACAUGGUGAUGGAGAUCUAUGAAGAGAAACUAGACAAUUUUGUUAAGCCUGCCGCGACAAAUCCACUCUACACGGAAAUACAACACUGGUUUAGAGAAGGUUCCACGAAUGAGGAGUCGGAGAAAACAAAUCCAACUUUGAUUCGUCCAUUUGUUCACAAGUGGAGGCAGCAUUAUAGUUCCUGUGCGUUUGAGGGUUAUCCACCACUGGAAAGGUAACUUACUAUAGGGCCUUCUUGUCUCGUUUACAUAAGCCAAACGUAUGUUAAGGUUCAACCAACUGAACCCUUCCCUGUUAUUUUCAACGACUUGAACGGAUAUAAGUAAUACAUUCGUAUGAAAUAAAAACAGCUAUCUGUAAGCACAGCAUGAAUUUUUUUCAGGUUUUGAAUUUUGUAUUCAUUUAAUCCAUUUUCCUUUACGAGUUCAUUAAAUUCCAUUACAGGAACUGAAACUUCAAUUUCCAAACACGCGGGCAUUUCGGGCGGUAGCCCUUCGCAAUUUUUUCUGUCGAAAUCUUUACAGUGGCCAUUUUACGAUGUCAACUCAGCUUAUUAAACCAAAUUAUCCUUUCUACACGUAUGCAUAAUUCAGAUUGACUAGUUUCCAGUCUUUUCUUAACAAACGGAAUAAAAAAUUUUAUUUUAGCCAGCAAACAAAAGUAAAUGAAAGUUAGAAACUUUAUGACCUAGUCAAAAGUUAAAAUUGUGAAUAUUUUUGCCAUUAUAUGACACAACAUAAGUAGAGAAAGCUGAAGUAAGGGGUUUGAAAAGAUUGUGUUAUCGUUUCUUUUGUGAUAAAACUGUUGUCACUCUCGGAAAUAAAAAUGAUGAUUACUCAUUUUUGUCUUGCAUGCGCGUAUGCUUCUAAAGUUAUUACAUUAGGUAUGUCUGCUUUGCAUCGGGUUAGCCAACAUCUUUGUCUGCAGUUCUUGAAAAUCAAUCGCUUGCACAUUUCGCAUAUGCCCGCUUAGUCAUUUAUGCAAUUGUAACGAAACGCAUUUUUUCUCUUCUAGGAAAGACCUCGAACAAGGUAAAUCAUGUGCAGAUGUUUGCAAGGAAAAACUGGCAGUCUGGGUAAAAAGAUAUCAGGAGCAAAAUAAGAAUUAUCAAGCAACUCUGAAGGUGAAUUAUGUUUCGCAGAUACGCCAGUAUAUACGCUCAUAACUAAGUAAGCUUGGAGAAUGGUACGCUGUGAUUGGCUAAAUAAACAAAUAAGGAAUGCAAUACAACCCAUUUGACGUUUUUUUAGCAAUCAUAGCCCGAGCUUAAAGGUCAUUCUUUGCACAAGAAGCUUGCAACAGUAUGGCCAAAUGACGGGUGCGCCACAGUCUGAAACGCAAUGGCUAAUGCAAAUGAAAAAGACGUUCACUUGACGAUCGCGGACAAAAACAUGGUGCGGUCGUAUUUAGAAAAUACUUCAUAUCAGUCUCUACCUAUUUAUCUGAGGUUGACGCCCUCUUGUUUUCAAAUUCAACCUUGGUAACUUAGAAAAAAUUUUAUCUUUUCUAUAUUUUGUUAAUUUAUCUAGUUUUUACCGUGCGGAAUGUUUUUAGCUAUCCAUCAGGGGGAGGUAGAGGUUUCGUUCGAUUCUCGUAUUUCGUGUACAUGACAUGUUAUCGUUUCGCCUUAUUUUAGACAUUUAUGCCUUGUUUUAGAUGGUUUUAGAUAGUUUGCGAGUGGUUGUAGAUGUUUUUGAGGUGGUUGUAGGUGGUUGUUGAAAUUUUUGAGGUGGUUGUAGAUGGUUGUAGGUGGUUGUAGGUGGUUUUAGGUGGUUUUAGGUGGUUUUGGGUCGUUCCUUGUUUUAGUACUUACCGUUGAGGUAGCCCCAAUUAUCUUCCUUGCGUUUGCAUGUGUGUUACACGGGCUAGAAUACCUAAAGAACUGCAUGGCGGCAUAGUACCAUUACACUGUAGUUCCAGAUUUCUUUAGCUCCGUGUGAACUCUUUCGCUCUUUACGGUCAUCUGGAGGUCUGAACCUCAUGGCCCGUUCUUCAUCUAGCCUUGUAUGUACGAUUUCAAGAUCCAUCAAGUUCCCUACAGCGUGUGGCUCGAUCCUCGAACUGCUAACCAAAUACUAAUAGCUGUCGAUCCACCCAACAUUUACCUUUCAAUCUAAUAAAUAUGCCGAAAAGUAUUUUUCAGUCUCGCGUAGCGUCAAGUGAACACUGUGGAUGAAAUAUCGAUCGUUAGCUGUUACCGUGUACUGUAUAAUAAUAAUGUCAAAUUUCAUUUUCUACAAUUGGGAGCAAUCGGAGUAUGUGUGUGUUAUUCGUUGAAUAACAUCAUCUUUCACCUACUCUUGUUUUGUAGGUUACCCUGUGGACCGGCGAUGCCCUGGCUUUGUGUACAAGUGGCUUUCCGCCAGACAUGUUAUUCGACGUUAUCGAUACAAGUAAUCUCAGCGAUCACAUUGGUUUGUUGAAUGUCGUUGUCUGCUGUGGCCCGAGGUUAAAAGUGUAAGUCAUCUUGUCAGUCCUCACUACCAUUGUUAUCGUUGCCGUGACCACAGUGACUGUUGACCUUUUUCGGGUUGUUAAGGAGAACUCCUUUAAUUCUUGUCAUCCAAGAGAUCAUGAUGGGACAGUGAGGGGAAAUCAGGGCGUUGGCCGGGAUAUGUCGAUUUAAAUUAAGUUAUUUCUAGCAUGAGGUAGAAAGAAUUGUGGUUUCCGAGUGUAGUUUCUUAUUGCCGAAAUAAGUUUGUUAUUAAAAGAACAACUCCCAUCACUGUUUCCCAAUACAUCAAUCUUAGUCGCAGGCGAUUAAGGCUCACUGAAGAAGACAAUGUCUUUCAUUCUCCGUGUGAAAGAGGCCAUAUGCGAAACAUACAGCGAGCGAAAGAGCAUCCUUCUCAAAACGACAACAACAACAACAAAACGAGUAAAACCAAAGCGAAAAAGCAAAAUUUCCAGUGCGUAGAGACACUGAACUAAAAUCUUGAUGCGUAAUGGAUGUUUGACCCUUUCGUCUUCUUUCUAAAGCGAGGUUCAGGCGGAGCAAACUGUUCAUUCGAAUUGUACAUAAGAGUUAAAAGCCCGAUCAGUGAUCCCUUUAAAUGGAUCCGAAGUCAGCUCAUGGUGGAGUAUGAAUUUAAAACUAGUAUAUAAUUGUAAUUGCUAUACACAAGGGGUAUUUAGAAAUCUGAGUAAUUCCUGUUUUCAUAAUUUCUAUAUUUAUAACAGGCCAACUGCUUCUCUGUUGUUCACAUCAAGCAUUUUAUGGUGCGGCGAAUGUGACAGUAUAGAGGAGUACUACAACAAAUGUGUUGGCGUUCCGUUGCAACUUCUCCCGACAGUUCUUGGCUUGAAGCUGGCUGUUGAUCUGGAAUUGGGAAGCAAGUACGCUAAGCUAGUGAAAUGAACUAAAUGUAACAUUCAGAUGCAGUUUACCGGACUAGUUGUGUGGUCAUGUAUAUUACAAGUCAUCGAUGGCCUAUUUUACUGUGGCAGCUUUGAAACCAUCUUUUGAAACAUUUAAGGCUCGGCAUAUGGCCAUAUGAAUUCUCUUCAACGAUGGAGUGGGGGAGGCAAGGGGGAGGGGAGAUUUGAAGGUAUAUCAAAUGUUACAUCCUUUCAUAUACCACCGAUGCGGUUUUCCUCAAUUUGCUGAUUUGGCAAUACCUAAACGAAAGAAUGAUUGCUAUGAUUUUUUUAUCGUGCGAAGCAUUAACGGAAAUUUCAUGUCAGAAGGCCAAUUGAGCCUGUCCUUUAUCCUACGAAAAGCAAUUUUUUCUUCAAAAUUAAAUGGCAUGUCAUUUUGCUUGCAAAGUCAGCUGCCAAGUGAUAGGGAUUAAGGUCUUUGACUGAGGCUUCCGUUGUACCACGUGGCAUUAAUAUUCAUUUGUUUGUUUAUUUUUCUUGUCAUUUUCUUUUGCUUUGUUUUUUUUGGUGUAGAAAACUUCCGGACAAACUGGAAGCUACAGAAGAGACUCUUUGCUGGGUCAAGGCGGACCUUAAAAGGACUUUACUGACAAUAGGUUAGUUGAGGCGUACUAAAGACAACAUUUUCACACAGCUUCUGUCAUACUGAACAAGUGCUCCAUCUUUACUUGGGAAUAUAAAACAAUUGAAACAGCCAAAAACUGCUAGGAGAAGGGUGGAAGGCGGGGAGAAGGGGGAGGUACUCGUGUUUUGAUGGGAAUUCUAGCCAGAAAGGAUGCAGUCUCUUCGCUGAAAGAGCCAAGGCAAGUUCCAGUCCGUCUGAAAGUGCGUGAGACUGUAGCCAGUUAAUCUCACCUUGUGACAACUGCAAUUUUACAAAUACUUCUUGCAAUUUCAGAUAAAACCCCUGACGUUGUUCAAGCGCUACUGAGUCUCACAGAGCGUUGCUUCAAUCUAGCGAACGAGAUGCUUCAUUCCAUUGGCGUCACUUCACCUUCGCCUCUGACCUUGCUUCGAAUUAUUCAUCAGGCACAACCACUCUUCAAAGGAGGAGGUAAUAUCGAUUUUUUAAUUUAUCUGUUAGCAUGCAGCGCAUUCAUAGCGUUCGAGCACUGGAAAUACAGAUCGAUUAGACGUUUUGUAUCCAAGAAAACCCUCAGAAAAUAUAACGAGUUCCAAUUUUUAAUCCAGUUCUCUUAAUUUUCCGCAAUAUUCGCAUACGAAAUGAUAACACUCGCCCUGUAAAAAAAACGCUUGCGCCGCAGGAAAAGUUUGCUCAUUCAAUACAGAGAACUAAUUGUUCCAUAAUCAUUUCCUAUUAUUGUUAUAUUCAUUUCUUUUAUCAUUAUUAGAAAUGUAAGUAACAGUGUCUGAGUUUGUAAUAUUCAGUUUCGCUGAAGGGCCCGGUGACAACCCUCAAGCUGUGGGCUAUUCCUAAUAAUUAUAUUACAUUUUGUAUUUACAAUUUCGGCUCGUUGAUACUGACUUUCCUAAUGAUCAGGAAGGGAAGAUAAAACACCCUCGCAUUUUAUCCACACUUGUCUUAAUAUCAGUAAAUCUGUACGCUAUUGAUUUGGGGAACUCAAGAUGAAUAAGAAUGGAUGUAAUAUCCUAGUUUUUUGAACAUAAAAUAUUGACGUGCGAUUUGGGUUUGUUAUUUGCGUUUUAGCCGCCGAGAUAUUGGACACUCUUGAAAAUGAGCUGCCAGCUGACUUUAAGAGGAGAUACGGUCUAUCCUGGAACGUUUUAAAGGCAUCAUUGGGGAGAACACCAGGUAAAGACAUAGAGAAGGUUUAGUUACGAAACCGAACCAUCAUUAUCAUAAGCAGUAAUAUCUCCUUUGCUGUAUCUAUGCCUUGCAAAGAAAACUAUACGACCUACUUGAAAUACUCGGAUCUAAUCCAAAAAGGCACUAUCAAUUCAACUCAUAAUCCAGUUGCUGAUUUUCUAAGAUCCAGAUCUAGAGCAGGAGCUGUUGGUGAUACCAAACUAUGUGGUAUGCUGGGUUGCCAGGUUACAAAGUUAUUUUCCAAAUAGCGGCGUCCACAGUCAAAUUUUUAGCGCGUAUGAAUUAAAAAAGUUUAAAACGAUUAGAUUACCCUAUUGCAUCUAAACCUUCGCCAGCUCCUGGAUUUUUAUAUAUUUUUUAAUAUUUUAUAUAUUCAUAAAUUUAUAUUCAUAUAUUUUAUAUACUUACUUUAUAUUUAUUUUAUAUAUUAUCUGAAUAACGGAGACGCAAUGAAUAAAGAUUCUGGAGCAUACCUUUCUUUCAGAGAACUUACAGUAAAAUGAAACUCCGAGAGCACACACAAGGAGCUAGACAAAUUCUAGAGGGUUUUUUCUAUUUCAAGCAAAUGAAUCAUUUUGUUCUUCUACAACUACAGAGCCCAUCGUUGAAAUAAAAAUUAACAUCAAGAUUGCAGUCGUGCCUUGGUAUAAGGGAACACCGAAGCCGAUGAUUUACAUUAGGAGGGAUAGCAGCAGUGCUGAGGAAGCUCCCUUACACGUGAGAAAAUAAAAUAGCUCUGUUUAUUUAUAAACUCUUAAUACGUAUACCUUUCCUCUGACAAAUAAUAAAGUACAUCUCAGGACAAUUUAACGAUAAGAUUAUGCUCACAUUAUACGCACAAUUACUUAUAUGUUGAUUAUUAUCUUUAUUCAUGUAUGUAUUCAUUCAUUUCAUCUUUCUAUUCAAGUGGUCCCUCGCUAUGGGUCUAGCCUCGCAGCCUUCAGUAAUUCACAACAGCCUACGAUAUGAUGAUAACACUCAAGUGGUGACUUUCCAUCUACGCGAAGAAGACUGGAAUGAGCUUUACUGUUCAUCCAAGAUGUGGAUAUCAUCCAGAGAAUUAAUAAAAGUCAUAAUUUGUGAGCCAGUGAGUCUAGGAGACGAGACUGUGAAGAGUGUUCAAAGGGUUGAUCCUGUAGAAACAUUUGGUUUGUUUGCAAGACAGACUUUCACCGUGAUGGAAUCCAACGAAAAAUGCCAAGUACUCAAGGUAAAAUGUGCAUUGUAUAUUAUUAACUUAUUGCCAAUUCUUGACUUGGCGUCCAUGGAUUAUAGCUACAGCAAAGUGCGAUAGAAUCCCAAACCUAGUACAUCUUUCAGAGGCCAGUUCCGCAAUGAACGUGUAAGGAUUUUGGACACAAGAACUGAAAGCAGGGGUGCAAAAUGGCAAUUUUUCUUUAAAUUUCGUCAUCGUAGCGAAUUACAAGUACAGUAGAUAAGCACAUAAUUCACUGCAUAAAAAAUCCGCGUUAAACUAGUUGCCGAUCUUGUCGACGUGCGAUGAAAACUGGUAGUAUUAAAGUGGUAUCCGAUUAAAAAAAAAGUCUCGACAGAACCCUGUGACCAUGUACGUUUAAUCUAGUCGUGUUCGUGUUUGGUCCCUAAUUUCAUUGUCUUGUUAUUUUCUUGAUAGGUAAUAAAAGUUGAAGAGAGCAUACAUUCUUAUUCUGCAGAACUUGAGAUACGAGACUCCGCCAUCUGCAAAGCGAAGGCAAUGAAGGUCAGCCAACCAGAUGAGUCUCCAACGGGAGUCCAAAUAAACUUCGAGGGGGCCACAGGGUAGGUAGCACUAACUUCAGCAGUAAUCAUUAACCCUUUAACUCCCAGAAGUGAUUAACAAGUAACUUCUCCCCAAAAUUUCCAAACAUUUUCAAGCAAAACAGAUGAUGUGAAUAUUCAAACCUAUCAGGUAAAAGUCGUCACCCUGUUGAACACCAAACUCUUACAACUAAUUUACAGGAAAAUGUUAAGCAGCCAUAGGGAAAAAUUAACAACAAGAUCUUGGGAGUUAAAGGGCUAAGCACUACUGUGUUACGAGUAUGUUCCGGUGUUAUGAGAUUCGGAAAAUUUUUACCGGAUUAUUUAAGCCUUUAAUUGAUUGAACAAGAUUUAUUGAUAACUCUAAAUUAUUGAUUUUAAAAAAGGCUCUAAAUGAUCUCUUCAUGGCGCACAAGUCUGGCAAGAUAUCCCUGAAUUUCUUUCAAAUAAGAUGGAGUCAAUUAAAAAAAGGGCACUACAUUUUAUCUAUCCGUGUCAUAGUUACUUAGAUGCCCUUAAUACUAACAACCUUAGCAGCUUGAAAGAAAGACGAACUCAGCUCUGCUGUAAACACAUUCAGAAGAUGACUCAAAAAGACCACCCCAUUAACUUCCUCAAGCCGAGAACAGCAUCUAGUGGUCAUAGUUACAAAUUGCGGGCCAGCGGUAACAAUAGAAAUAUUGUUUACGCUGAUAGGAGUUGUUGCCGGACCCAGAGUUCAGGUUCCUUUAUUUCAUUCGCUAGUAAAUAUGUGAAUAUGUAAAAAAAUUGUUUAUGAUAUUUUCAUUGUCUCUAUAGUAGUAGUAGUGUUAAUUAUUUGUUGAUUGUUAAUUUAUAGCCCUUUAAUUCCUUAAUGUGGCAAAUAAACGUGUUCAACUCGAUAGCUUACGAUUGAGAUAUUGAGCUGAGCGCUCGAAGGGAAAUUCCCCAUAUACGUACGGCCAUGUAUUAUUCUCUAUUUAUCUGCUUUUUUACAGCGACCCACUCAGCAUGUAUUUUUCAUGUUUUGUCGAUAUCAACUCAUCCAAGUUCCAAAUUUCACGAAAAGUCGGGAAAAUAUUCUGUGACAUUUCUAAGCGAAGCGAUGGAACAGUGGGAGAACUUGUAAUACAAAAUUUAGCUCCAUUGCCUCUCCAUGCUAUGCCAGAGUGGGAUAGUGAACUCACCGAUAUAAGGUAUGUACAAAAUGGGGUUUUUCAUAAGAGAACAACUAAGGAGUGCUAUACUUCUAAUGACUCUGUAAAAGGUUUAAGGGAGAGAUAAAACCAAUGAGUUUGAUCUUUUAGCAAUAGACCGCACUCUUUUAUCGGUUUACCGCCGUAAUAACCAAAACAAGACGAUGAGAGAAGACUCGAAAUGUUUCUGAGUCACGAACUGGAGGAAAAAAAAAUUAAUCCUUCUGCUAACUACAAGACAGGUUUGCAUCGAUGAUGCUACCUUUAUUUUAUUCUAAAGAAGAGACAGCUGCAAGUUAACUGUAGGCGCUGUCCUCCUGUAUUUUAUGUGUUACAAGAAUGUUAUGUUUUGAUGUAUUAAUUUCCUCUCAUUGUUGUCGCUGUUCUAGAAUGCUCGGCAGAAUGUUUCGCACUAAGCUUGAUCUGGAACUGAAAUUACGAAAAGAUAGUGGGCCGCCGUUUUUUGACCUCAGGGAAUCCAUUGCAAACAUUAUACACGAGCACGUGAAGGAGCCUGAGGUAGGCAUGCAGGAAACACAUUUUCUCACUCUCGUUUCUGAUGCAUACAUUUAGAAAUCAGGGUGUGGUUCACGUCAUCCGUCAGUAGCAUAUUGGAUAAUCCUAUAUUCUUCUGAAUGACUCCACGGCCUUAGCGAAUUGCUAUGGAGCAAUUAAAAAUUUAACAUCGACCGUUAAAAAAAAAAAAAACAAUCGCGACUUGUUUGCCAGCGUUUUCUUGCACUUUGGAAUUGUUGCGUGCGAAAAAAGCGAGCGUUUGACGGUCUAGAAUUUGUUUCAACUUCGUUUUGCUUUUUGGCUCUGGACAGUUCGAAAACCUCACACGCGAAGAUGAAAGCGAAAAGUUGUGAUACUUUUUGGUGUGACAUCGAAUUUUUUUUCUCUGUAAAUCGUGCUUGCGCCUUUGAAUUGUGAGGUUUGGAAGUUUGCCUUUUGAGUAACCAAGUUAAACAAGUUAAAGGGUGACCGCACCAUUUUUGAUGCAAUAAAAGGGCUCAUUCUUAAUGGUCACAAUCAUUGUUCAUUCUAGGGAACAGUUGCUCUGAUUAUAUGUGGGCACAUUUUGAUGUAAUUGUAAUGAUAGAAAGUUUUCGUUUCACGCCAAAGAUUCCCAAGGUACAUUACGUUGACGAACGCAGAAUCGUCCAAGAACCAUAUGACUCAGCGGAAGACAUGCUGAAGAAGAAAGGCUUCGUUAUCAAAGUGGAAAAACUGUUUAAGUGGAAGAAUUUACCCGUGGCUAAGGUUUUUUUCUGUGACUGUCAACGGUUUGCGGACCUGAUUCGCAAGAAUCCAGGAAAUACUCAACUAUUGGCAGAAUACUGCAACCGAAUUUUUCGUCAUAAAGUCAACAGAUUUGUAGCUGACCAAGAGGUAAGAGGUAAUUGAUGCUGAAGAAACAAUUUCUGUGAGGUAUUGUAUUGUUCCUGUCUUCUGCUGUCUCUUCCAUUCCAUGUGUAAGGGUAAAAAGGUAAUAUAUAUGGCCAACGAUUGUUUCGAAUUCAAAUGGAUGGGUACGAUGAUGAUGAAUAAUGUUAAUAAUAACGUCAAUAAUAAUAGUAAUAAUAUCGAUGAUAGUACUUGUAACAAGAAUGGUAAUGAUAACAAUAUAGAAUAAGAUAAGAGGAUAAUGAUGAUAAAAAUAGUGAUAUAGAAUAUUAUAUUAGUAUUAAAUUUGAAAAGAAUUGGAAUUAAGGUUUCACGUUUCACACAUCGGUGCAGUCUUUUCUUUUAGUUGAAAUUAUGAAAUGGAUUAUAUUAUGCCUCAUUUUUUUAACAGGAGAAGGUCUUAUUUCGUAAAAUGAUGUACACAAAUGCAGCCCGAAUUCCUCAAGAUGAUCACUAUGUUGUGUGGAAGAAUUCAUACAUAUCCCCGUUGUUUCCGCGAGAAAGCAUUAAAAGUGUUCCUAGUAAGUUAACUAAUGAGAGAACCCGAUUCUCAUUAUAAUGUGUUAAGUACAUUCAACCUCGCCAGAUGCAAGGCACCAAACGUUAUAGGUGUUCUCUACACCACUUUUUCGUGCAAAGGAUUCUUGGUAUUGGUACAAUUUUACUCGACAUUGCGGGUAAAUACAAUACAAUGUGCACACCUGUUUUUUUUUUUCAGGUUUUUAUAAUCAGCUCACAACACAUUCAGAGUUUUAAGGAUGGAAAAAAAUAUGUCGAGGAUGUUAUUGCUAAGUGACACAGCGACCCUAAGAUAGGAGGACUGAUUUAAACACAAGAGGAUUGCGGCUAACGCGCCUGUCAAAAGUGUCAAAGUAGCCGGUGAAAAAUCGUCUUGAACGCACCCACGCCAAAAUUGAUUCGUCCAGUAUUAAUUAAUAAAUGAUUUCAUAUCUUCUUAAAUAACGCAUCUUUACUUUGAUUCAGGCAAAAAGAAUAUAGAGUGUUAUUUAUUUUUUCGGUAUAGCAGCCCUUGGGAAAAGAAAACAUGGUAUGGAAAGUCCUCUACUUAGUUCUGCGGAACCUGGCCAUAUGGAUGAAUCCUCUUCGUUUGAAGGUAGAUCCGUUUCUUCUGAACAUUCUGAAGGCUUCCUCGACCCAUUUCAGGGUUUAGCUUCCCAUAUGGAUCAAGAGUGCGCCUUUUGCCAUUCAAAGAGUGGGACUUUAAAACGGUGCCUUGGAUGUAAAAAAGUGCUCUAUUGUGGUAAAACAUGUCAGAAAGGGCACUGGAAGAAACACAAAACUGAAUGCAGAGGUAACAGGAAACUUUGAGGAAGUGUGUGAGUCUUCCCCUUACAGUCCAUGAAGACGAUCACAAACAAUUACACAGCUAAAAAGCUAUUUCACUCGCGUUAAAAGAUUCCAUUACUCGAAACGGAAAAAACGGAAAAAUUGAUUGCAGGAAUAAACAUCCCAUUCAUAAGUUGUGUCUACUUCUGACAGAUCGCUUCUCUUAUUUGCUUCUUUUGUAUUAAAUUUUUGCAUUAGUUUGUAUUUUUCAUUUUUGCAUUUGUUUUCUUCUCUAACCUAAUUUUGCUCGAAUGCUCGAGUAGUGUGAGGAUUUUUCGGUAGCUGGGUGUAAAUAUGUCAUUUUUUAAUAAUGUGUCAAAAGUAAUCCAGGAUUGCUUUGGUUUUACUGUACUUCGUUAUGUGAUUGGUCCAGAGAACUCGCACCACUUUCUCAACCAAUCAGAUUCAAAACUAAAUCCAAUCGCGACUUAGUCCCAGGCGUUUUUCGCUUCUUUUUACUGCGACUUCUCAUUGGUUCCUCGUGAUAUUUUUCUAGCUGUUGUGAUUGCCAUGGGUGAGGUGUUACCACACUAUUCAAAAUCGCUCUAAAUAUACAGUUAUAGUAAAAGUUUCCACAGUGUCUUCGAAAUAAAUUGUAAACUCUUAAUUAGGGUAGUAUACCAUACUACAAGAUAUUCAUAGUGUCCUCGCAGGCCACAUUUCAAGAGCUUUCAAAAAUCAUUUUUUCUGUCCGUAUUUUUUUAUUAUUAAUAAAAUAAAAAUAGUAGCAAUAACAGUGAUAGCACAAGCAUAAAAUGUAACUUUUCAGAAU